CAACAUCCGUUGCUUACUUCCUGUCCGUACCCGUCAAACAUGGCGCUGCUACUAAGGACAUUGGCGCGUCAGGGAGUGUGUGUCUGCAGGCCGCAGGGCAGUGUCCUCUUCAGACAUGCGGCUCCAAUGGGAACCACAGCGAAGGAGGAGAUGAACAAGUUUUGGGACAAAAAUACCAGGCUCAACAGACCCAUGUCCCCUCACAUCAGCGUCUACAAGUGGUCCGUCCCCAUGAUGAUGUCCAUCACACACAGAGGAACUGGAGUUGGCCUCAGUGGAGCUAUUUCCGCCUUUGCCAUAGCUGCUCUGGUUCUGCCAGGAAGUUACCCUCACUAUCUCGACCUCAUCCACUCUCUCUCUGUUGGCCCGUUCCUCCUCGGCCUGGCCAAGUUCGGCAUUGCCUUCCCCGUGUCCUUCCACACCUACAACGGGAUCCGCCAUUUGUGUUGGGAUGUUGGCAAAGGUUUCAAAAUGCCUGAGGUGUACCGCACGGGCUACACCGUGAUCGGCCUGUCCGUCAUCACCUCUAUCGCCCUCGCCGCUUUCUUCUGAGCUCAGCACCAGCAAGUCAAAGUGCAUUGUGGGAUUUUUUUUGUGUGCGCAUAUGUUGCGUGGCAUCAGAGUAUUAAAUAAAGACAUGUUUGUUUAAA